CCGCUCCGUGCAGCCUGGCAGGGACUCGGUGUCCCGGCGCGCCGCGGGCUGUGGGCGGAGAGGCGGAGGCAGAGGCGGGCAAGGCGGGCGGCUGCUGUGGAAGUUGUGUGGGCCGUGCGGUGUCGUGGCUGUGGGAAGACGCACAGAGCCUGUUUGGGCAACACCAGAAUGGAGGAGCCCACUGGGGACCUUCCCAUCCGGGCAGACGUCAUCCUUGCCGAGUCGUGCUGUGAUCAUGUCACCCUGACAAACCUGGUGGAAGUGCUGAGAUCUUUGGUGGCUUUAACUGACCCUCAGGAGGGGAAGCUGACUCAGUCUCAAGAGAAAGCACUAAACUCGCUGGGCAUUUGGAAAACUGUAUUUAGAAUUGUUCCUGGGCCUACAUCAAAGACCUCAGUGGAGUGACAGCUCAAAAAUGGGAGACCAGGAGACGGGUGAACCUUUUCUGGGGAUAGUGGAUGAUGGUGCCAGAGACUACGAAGGAGCUCUGCCCUCAGACACGGUGUCGCUCAGUGAUUCUGACUCUGAUGACUUGGGGCUGGCGGGUGAAGCAGAAGUUGAUACAAUAUCUCCCAAGGAGCCAUGUGUGGAUGAAGGGGAUUUCAGAUCAGGGGAGACCCCUGACUCUUCAAACAGCGGUCACAGAUCUCCUGUCCAGCCAUUCCAUCUGAGGGGCAUGAGUUCUAUGUUCUCUCUCCGUAGCCAGAGCAUUUUUGACUGCCUGGAAGAGGCGGCCAAGCUGUCUGUGCCCUCAAUGCCUGAAGAUAAUGUUGUUGAUGGGAGGUUUAAGCGUCCAUUGCCUCCCACCACAGUUUCAGGUACCGUGGUCCCAGAAAACAUGGGAAAGCAAGCCAGACCAGUGCAGGCUCCCAAAACCUCUCCUGCGGUGCCUGACUACGUGGCACACCCAGAGCGCUGGACCAAAUACAGCCUAGAGGGAGUUUCAGAGUCCAGUGACAAGACUAACAGGGCAGUGGCCCUGGAAUUUUUAGGUGGUUUGAAGAAAAGAGGGGAGCAACAGAGCUCGGCUACUCAAGGUAACUACACCCCAUCCUUCAACCAGGACCCUUCCAGCUGCGGAGCUGGGAGGAUUGUCUUCACCAAACCAACUAAAAGAGGUGUUGAUGGACUGGAAAAGAAAACAUCAACAGGAGAGGAUGAUAAGAAGCAGAUGAAGACAGAUCUGAAAGGAAAAUCUCUUAAGAAGACUGAUGACUUGAGGGAAGAAGAUAAGGUAGAGCUGGGGCACUUAGACAGUGACAGUGGAAAGGCAGCAGAGGAGGAGGAGUGCAUGAUGGAGGGGGACCAGAACACAGAAUAUAAACUUGAGGCAAGGUUUAGGGGUGCAGUUGAAGAGCCAUUAGUGGGAACAGUUGGAUUCCACUGCAGUAAGAAGAAGAGCAGGAAAAAUUUCCGACCUAAACUAGACGAUGAAGGGGAGGAGGAAGAGUCCUGAAGGAUGAAGCACAUUGGAGACAUCCCAGGACUUGUUCAUUUUUUUUCUCUUUUUUUUCCUUUUUUCUGGUCUGAAAACCAUGUGGUAGCUUUUUUUUUUCUUUUUUCUGGUCUGAAAACCAUGUGAUAGCUUUUUGUCCAACAGUUUGUGUCAGAGCCACCAAGAACAUUUUAUACUAUUAGAAAUUAAGCUAUCUAAAAUAAACUCCAGACUUUCUGUUUAUGAGAAGUCCAUGGGCACAGGAUAGUUGCAUCCUGGCAGGAGAGCAUAAGGUGUGCUUUGUUUGCUUGAACAGCUCCCUGGGUCUUGCUCUAGGGCUGAAGUAUCCAAAGAAACAGAAGUGUUAGGUAAAAGGCUGCAGGGCUUCCUAGUAACUCCACAUUUUGGAGUUGUUCCCAAAUUCUGCAGAAUCCUGGAGAAAAGGUGAUGAGCUCAUUAUGUGGAGAUUUUUAAACAAUGAAAGUAAAACCUAGUCUUCCACUAGAUGUGAUUUCUCCUGGCCCUGUCCCAGGAAGGAAACCCUUUAACUUUUUUGUGUAAAAACAUCCUUCUCUCAUUGCCAUUGAGGGUGAAAGCACAACAGUGCCCAGUUAUAUGAUGUGAUGAUCCUUGACCUGCACCUUUGUAUGUCCUUUCCUGGAGGUGCUGCUUCUGUAUUGAUUGUGUGUGGAUUGGGGGAAUUUGUAGGAAUGAGAUACUGAUACCAGAACUGGAUACUUUUUUGUUUUAUGUGAUACAAUAAACUUUCAGUUGUAACUUGA